GACAUGACAUGACAGUUGUUUUGUCUGUGACUAAAUCUACUUAUUGUUAACGAAUAACGUCUGUUUUUCCCGUAUUUUGUUUUUAUUACGCGGCCAUGUGUUGCUACAAAAACAUAUCGAAGCAAAGAUUUAGUGAUGAUAUCCACCACUGCAAGUAGUAAAGCGAAAAUCCCAAAGGGAUCGGAGAACUCCGAAGGCCCAGAUCGAGAGGUUAUAGGAAAGGAAAACACAAGGGAUGAUAAGGUCAGAGGUUAUGUUUCUUCGUUUGAACCGUCUUCAUCUUACGGAGGCUCGUCUAGAGAUGGCCGGUUUCGCUUUAGAGGCAGAGUCUCAGAGUUCCGACAUUCGCGAGGCGGCGGGCGCGGCGGCAGAGGCCGUCUUCCACCCAGGGGCGACCGGGAUCCAAUCGACAAUCCCCAUAAAUACAACGAAUCGCUAGAUCAAACUAGUAACGACUCUAGGUCGCAGGGAACAAACACUAAUAAGUUUUAUGAGAGGUCAGAGUUGGCAGUGAACUUACCGGAAGAUCCACGUAUUUCUAAACUGUUGCGACGCUUGUGUGCUGAAGAGGAUGUGGAAAAGUCGCUCGCUAUUUGCAGCAAGCUUCAAGAUGCCGUUAUGUUACCUGAGAACUCCAGGUACAUUCGCCGGGCUUAUGACAUCUUAGUGGAAUCUUUAUUGGAUGUGCUGUACGAUGCUCCCGGCCCAGAGACAAAAGAAGCUGCAGCCAUGGUUCUUGGCAGGAUUGGCUAUGUGAUGGGCCCUGAUUUUAGGAAACAUUUGCUAUGGUUUUCCUCUUCAUAUGCUGUGCACAAUACAUCAAUUAAGCAUUUGCUUACUCUCUCCUUUACAGAGACUUUCCAGUUAGAUCACCAGAACCCUCACUUGAUGGAUUUUGCUGAAAUUACUUUGGACAAAUUGCAAGUCAUAAUUGAGGGCACAGAUUCUGCAGAUGUAUUUAUUGCUGCUAUAAAUGCUAUGAUAAUUUUGUCAAAUUCUUAUCCAGAACAUUUUGCUAAUCAUUUUGUAGACACAGUGGACAUACUGGUGGGCUGGCAUGUAGACAACGCUCAGCCAAAGAAAAUCAAGGAGUUUGCUCUGGAAUCUCUUCUGAAACUGAGCCGCCACUGGCAGGCCGAUGUAGGGUUUUCUGUCAAUCUCCUCUAUCAGUUUAUUGAAGACAUGGUAGCAUACUCCACAGCAUUAGAUUCUGACAAAAAUGAGAAAGAUGUGGAUGUGACUUCACAUGAAGAUUGUAUGCAGAAAAUAACAUCUUUUCUGAAUGUUUUCAACACAGUCGUAAAAAGUCUGGGUACUCUUUUAAGCCCUGUUGUGUCCCAGGCAGUGAAUUGGUCAUUUCUGACGGAAUCCUUGACUAAAAUAUUACAAGUUCUGACAAAAACCAUAAAUGAAGAUGCUCACUCAGAUUUAAUAUUAUCAGGUAAUGAAUGUAUAUCUUUAUUGCUAAAAUAUUUACAAUCCAGAUCAAGCUCCUGCUCUCCUUCGUUGUAUUGUUUGAUUUCUAUAGAGAUGACACACUUCCUUCAACGAGAUGUGGGUGUCUGCCUUAGUGUUAUUAAUCUGAUAUCCUGCACAAUAAAAGAGAUAGCUUCAAACCUCCCAAUAGAGUUAAUCACCCAAAUUAUUGGACCUGAUUCAUUGCUAAAACCACUGCGUUAUUCAGAAAACCAACAUAUUUUAAAUGGAGUGUUAUCAGUAUACAGCAAUCUUUUAAAUCUAAAAAAUAUUCCUUUGUUACAAGAGACAUAUAAAUAUGUAUUGACAGAUAUACAAAAUUCAUAUGCAAUUAUAAUUCCUGAAAUACAAAUUAUACACCCAGACUAUACAGAAAAUGUAACUUUAGAUGAUGCAGAAAAGAAUAUAAUAUUUUACUUGCAAUGUCUGUCGGAGCUCGCUAAUGCCAGUAACUCGAUCAUUGGGAUGUGGGCGCUGCAGCCUAGCAUUUUAGAAUUGUUGGCGAUAAAGAUGUGCCCACAUCAUAUUAAUCUAAUUAAGCAGAAACCAGCUCUGCAAUAUUCUAUUCUGUUUUUGCUUUACUCUCAUUGCAAGAAAAAUAAUCAUUUUAUAGCCUCCAGUGACCUAGUGACAAAUUCACAGCAGAGGACUGGCGACAUGUUCGGGCUAUCUAAUCUGAAUUUAGGUGAAGUGUCAGGUUCAAGUCCUACAUCGGGUCAUCUGUCUGUUAUUUUGAACAUGAUGAGCAUUAUACUGGAUGACGAAGUACCCAAAGAGACGUUAUUGCUGGUCCUCCAUUGGAUUUCUGAUGUGUUUGUCCAGUUAGACAAGUAUUUGCCAAUAGUAAGUUUGGCGAAAGGAUUUGUUGUUUUGACUACAAAUAUGCUGUCUCUAGCCUACAGCUUUGAUGAUGAUAUAGUGGUGCUUGUGAUGAACAAUUGUCAGCAUUUACUAAGAAACAAAAGUAUGACUUGGAAUUUAAUGGUCCUUAAAACUAUAACAGUACUUUGUCUCCUGCACAUUGACAAUCAGAACAAGGUUUUGUCCCAUGUGUGUAAAGAAGUAUUGUUUGACUUGCCUUGGGAUAUCGUGCAGCAAGAGUUGGAUAAACAAAUGGUAAAAGUAUUUGUUAGCAGAAAAACAUUCCUCAAUGUCCUGAAUAAUGACACUAAAGUUAAUUCAUUCAAAGAGUAUCUCAUGAGGGGAUCGUUUGCCACAUUGGCCAAUCAUCACUUCAAGGCUUUAAUGAAUUGUUUGAUUCAAGUGAUGAACGAAGACAAGCAUUUUAUCAUAGAUGCUUUUUUGACGACAUGGCCAUUACAAAGUCAAGAUAAUGAUGAAAAUAACUUGCUAUUUUUUAGACAGUGUGCCACAACAUUUUCAUCGAUUUGCAUAGGCUGGGCUCUCUCGGAACUGGCUCAGACAACUGUUUCUUUAAAGCUUAGAACUGUGCUAGGCAAACCUCAAGAAACUUUCAUGAAAAUUGAAGGGGCUCUGAAAGGUAUAGCACGAGAUAUUUCGUCGUCGGAGACUAAAUACGUGCCAACGGAGCAAUAUGGACUGGUAGAAGUGAUUACAGCAGAGCAGAUUAGAACACGCUGGAUUACAGAGUUCAUGACCUUUUUAGAGAAGUAUAUAUACAACGCCGCAGAAGGCACCGCCACAGUACUGCCCGCAGUUGCGAAGCCGGUUAGAACGUUUUUUCAUACCAACUGGUCUACUUGUCGCGAGUGGCUCACCAGAGUGCGGCCGGCAGCACUCGCUGUGAGUCUGUACGCGGGAAAUUUUGGAGCUGCCAUCUAUCAUGCUUCAUUGAUUUUACAGACAGCAGCUUCUUCCAAUACUAAUAUAGAUAUAGAAGCUAUAACUAUGAGCAUAGCUAGAGCUCUAAUAAAAAUAGAAGAGCCAGAAGUUUUACAUGGUUUAUACAUUUGGAUUAAAAUAACAUUUGGCAAAAAAAUACUUUGGUUGAAAGGCGCCGCAGAGCAAGCUAAUGCCAGACAUGAAUUGGCAUUGGAAUAUUAUAAAAAGUUGAAUAGCAAUAGCAACAGUGAGACAGAUAACGACAAAGAAUCAACUGCAAGUUCCCAAGACAGUAGAGUUCACAAGUUUAUUGAUGAGCAAAUAAUGGAAAGCUAUAAACAAAUCCAAAGUUGGGAAGAUAUGCAACAGUGGAUAGAUAAUGAACAACAGAAUCCCCUAAACUCCCAGUGGAACUCUUUCCCUGCCUUGCGACUCUUUGAGGAGAGUGGAGACAUAACUGAAGAUCUUUGGAACUGGGAUGUUUUGAAUAUUGAAGAGAACGAAAUUUCUAAAAAUAUUUGUUCUUACCAGGGCAUGCUAAAUAAAAUUGAAAGUACUUUGGUUUGCACAGCUGUUAAUAUUUAUUACUCUGACUAUGCUGAGAAAUACGAACAUCUUAUAAAAGAUUGCGAGACAUUGCUAAAUGCCAGCAUUGAAGAAUUUUCUAGAACAAACACUGUACAUUUUCUUAAAGAAAUAGCUGUGUUGCAACUAGCAACUAAUGGUUUAAAGAAUGUCAUUACAAACGGUAAGGCCAUUUCAAAUCCCUUCAAACCAUCUGUCGUGAAAGAAAAUAAAUUUGUGACAGAACUUAGGAACCUGAGUCGAAUUUUAUGGUGGAAUCAAUACUUUACGAAACUGAAUGUGACUGAGGAGAAUGUCUAUUAUGCUGAAUGCCUUCGAUUGGACGUGGUUAAAAGCGCGAGAAAAAAUUUGAACUUUUCAAUGGCUAAGAGAGAGCUAUUGAAACAUUUUAAACAAAACUCAGCUUUCCAAAUGUGCAUAGGAAAUCUCAAUAACUUGAAUGAGUUGAGCGAAGUUUUGCUCAUGGCGCCCAAUACUUACGAUUUUGAUAUAUGGACACUGAAUAAUGCUUCGGCUUUGGCAGAACUUUGUAAAUUAACAUACGAUAACGAAGAAACCAAAGUACGUGCUAUCAAUCUUUGUGCCAAUAUUUCUCUGGGAUUCUCGCAACGGCUUGCAAUGGGUGAGCCCAGUUAUGAGCUAAGAGAAAAGGGUACAAGAAUGUUGUUGACUUUAUCCAAAUGGGUUCAAAACGAAAGUGAAAACAUUUUGGAAAUUGAUACACCGUUGACGAAACUAAUAUCUGCCCUUCCUGAAAUUGGUUUAGUAGAUAACAACAUAUCAGACAAUGUAAUACCGCUCUCUGAUUCCGCCGUGGGGAAAUUGCUUCAGUUUGGCGUGAACCAGUGUCCUGGACUGGCAAAAGCAUGGGCUGGUUUCGCAGGGUGGUGUUUCAGGUGGGGAAGAAAAAUGGUCGAGUACAGUUCUAAGACUGGAGAACAGUUGACCGAAAAUGAUAAAUUACAGAUAGAGAGCGUGAUGAUCGGGUGCUCUCCUCAAGAUUUUGACGCCGUGUGUGAGAUUUUGUCCAAAACAAAAGCUACGUGUGACGAUGAAGAUAUCGAUUGGAAUGAAAUCAAUACUUCAGAAAUGAUAGAAAGUCAGUUGCGCACGGUUCCGUCACUGAGCAACGCAUUCCCAGAGCACUUGGCGCUGCUGGUGGACAUCUGGCGGCAAGCACAGAAGAGAGUGUUUUCUUAUUUCGAACUAUCAGCUGAUGCCUAUUUCAAAUUUUUACAACUUAUUUGUGCUUCCGACUACAUUAAUCAUAGCGGUGAAAAUGCUGUUGUUAAUGCAACUUUACGUCUUCUUCGGUUGAUAGUCAAGCAUGCAAUGGAGCUGCAGACAGUCCUCGAAUCAGGACUGGCAAACACACCAACUCAACCGUGGAAAGUUAUCAUUCCUCAAUUAUUUUCUAGACUCAACCAUCCUGAGACUUACGUGAGAAAGUGCGUAUCGGAUCUGUUAUGUCGCCUGGCUGAAGAUACACCACAUUUAAUAACAUUCCCGGCUGUUGUGGGUGCAGUGGAAAAUGAACAAAGUGUGACGGAACUCAGCGCGAGAUCAUACCUAUCCAACGAGGCUGAAAGUGAUGAAGACAAUUUGGACCUGGACGAGAUCGGAAGUGACAAAGUGGUCAACAAUGAAUUGAAUUCAUGUUUUUUAGACAUGGUAGAAACAUUGGCAAAGCAAGCUCCAAAAACAAUUCAACAGGUUAAAUUGCUAGUGAAGGAGCUGCAAAGGAUCAACUUACUGUGGGACGAGUUGUGCUUGGGUACGCUGGUGCAGCAUCAUUCGGAUUUCAGCAAGCGCUUGUCUCAGCUAGAGGCGGAAGUGGCCAAGGUUAAAAAUAAUGAGAAUCUCUCGACAGAAGACAAACAACAACUAAUCAAAGAAAAAAAUCGAAUUAUAUUCGAGCCAAUAAUUUUCGUACUGGAACAUCUUGACCAUGUGACAUCAGCAAAACCAGAGACACCCCACGAGAUCUCUUUUCAAAACAAAUUCCAAGGCAUGAUCAAAGAUGUCAUUAAUAAACUGAAAAAUCCAGAAAAUCCAGACAAGCCUCAAGAAUCCUGGGCUCCCCUGAAACAGUUGCAAAUAAAGUUACACCAAAAAGUAAAUAAGAGAACGUCAUAUAUUUUAAAGAUGUCCGACAUAAGUCCGGUGCUGGCAGACAUGAGGAACACCGUGAUCACGAUGCCCGGCGUACACACCAGCCAGAGGGCAGUCAGGGUGACGAUCAAGUCUGUCGAGAACAACGUGGCUAUAUUGCCCACGAAAACGAGACCGAAAAAGUUAAUCUUUUAUGGAUCUGACGGCAAAGCGUAUACUUACCUUUUUAAAGGUCUUGAGGAUUUGCAUUUGGACGAGAGGAUUAUGCAAUUACUCUCCAUAACGAACACAAUGAUGGCGCGAGAUUCAGAGAACAACGAUAAUCAGACAUACAGAGCGCGUCAUUACUCCGUGAUACCUCUGGGCCCGCGCUCAGGUCUGAUCAGCUGGGUGGAUAACGUGACCCCUCUCUUCGCAUUAUACAAACGCUGGCAGAAUCGCGAAGCGGCUAUACUCUCGGCCAAGACCAACAAAACAGUGAACGUAUUGCGCCCCUCAGAACUCUUUUAUAAUAAACUAAAUCCGUUGUUAAAAGAGGCGGGCAUAUCGACCGAGAAUAGGAAAGAGUGGCCGGUAUCGAUCUUAAAGCAAGUGCUGCAAGAGUUAUCAGCGGAGACGCCCCGGGACCUGCUGUGGCGCGAGCUGUGGUGCGGCAGUGUGACGUCGGAGCAGUGGUGGCAAACGACGCGGCGGUACAGUUACUCGGUGGCCGUGAUGAGCACGAUCGGUUACAUAAUCGGACUCGGUGACAGGCAUUUGGACAAUGUGCUGGUGGACUUGACGUCCGGCGAGGUGGUGCAUAUUGACUACAACGUGUGCUUUGAGAAGGGCAAGACGCUGCGGGUUCCAGAGAAAGUGCCGUUCAGGAUGACGCCGAACCUGGUGACGGCGCUCGGAGUGACCGGAGUUGAGGGCAUAUUCCGUCUGGCGUGCGAGCACGUGCUGCGCACGAUGCGGCGCGGGCGGGAGACGCUGCUGACGCUGCUGGAGGCGUUCGUGUACGACCCGCUGGUGGAGUGGGGGGCGGCCGGCGGCGUGGCGGGGGGAGGCAAGCGCCGCCGGAGCCAGAGGGACGUCCGCGCCGCGCUCGACAUGCUGGCGGUCCGCGCGCAGGAGCUCAAGCAUGACAUCAAUGAGUUGACGUCGCAGUACCUGGCUGUGCUGCCAGAAAUAGAGAAGUGCGCAGAAGAUUGGAUGAAAGAGAACGACGAGCGGAACGCCCUGGAGACACGACUCCAAGACUGCCACCAGCAGAUGGCGUUGGUCAAAGAGAUAGAAGCGUACGGACAGAACCUGAACAACCAUCCAUUGUACGCCAUUUCUCAAAAAUACACAUCUUACAAGCAAGCUAAGAAUGCUGUAGAAGAUUCAAUGAAGGCUCUCGUGAAGAUUCUUUCAGACUUCGAUACACAGAUCACGAAUUUCGCUGAAACAAAUGAAGUUCUGAACGGGCCGCAGCUGAUGGCGUGGGUGCAGGAGUUCAGCGCGCCGAACGAAGACGACGACAAACCUAUUUUCGACAGUAUCAAAGAAUUCCUAACGAAUGCCGGGCAGAGCUCGAUGAUAUCCCAAUGCGAGCAAGCCGAAGCCGAAUUAAAGCAGAGCAUCAAGCAAACGCAUCAUUUGGUCAGGUCGUGUCUGGAGCUGUUGUCCCAGUAUGUAGCGGUGUCCCAGUAUUACCCGCAGAGCCAAACCGAGUACCACCGCAUAGUGAUGUUUAGGAAAUUCCUGGCCACAGCAUUAGAAAGCAAAUCCCCUGAAGUAUGCCGAGAAGUGUCCAAUCAAGUCAACGCCUUGGUGUCCACUGAGAACAACACAGACUCUGCUCAGAUUUCUGCGUAUCAUUACCGGCUACAGACAAUCCAUGCAGAAGCUAACGCCAAUCUGACCAAAGCUAUAGAAAAACUACAGUUAGAGGGGGGGCAGGAUGCACUAAGGCUGGCUCAGGAGGCUUACAUGGAAGCGAAAGCAAAUAUUAGCAACUGGGUGAGGACUGAAGAGGGCGCAGCCGCGGCUCUGGAGUGCGUCGCCAUCACUAUGCUGUGUAACUUGAACUGUCGGUACCUGAUGUUGGAGAAUGGUGCUCAGAGCGCCGGAGACUGCCUCGUAGACUUGACUUCGAGAGAAGGGGAAUGGUUUUUGGACGACAUGAGCGCGUUGUCGAUGCAAGCGGUUGAACUGUUAUCAUUGCUGCCCUUGCAGUCUGCGUCGGCGGAAGACGCCGCUUUGCCGGCGGCAGUGGAGUGCGUCCGCAAUGCUAACCUGCUGCUGGCGGACCUGGUGCAGCUGAAUUACAACUUCAGCACGAUAAUCCUGCCGGAGGCGCUGAAGAAGGUGCACUCGGAGGACCCGUCGGCGCUGCUCAUGAUAUCGGAGCUCAACGCCGUCAUCAUGGACACGCCGGUGCCGCUCAACGAACUGCUCGCACAGUUGGAAAUGCAUCUGAGAUAUUUAGUCAUGGAUAUGGAGUCUCCAAACUCCAGCGCCCAAGCAGUAGCCUCUGAGCUCCGAGCUCGCUACGAAGCUUUACUCUCGUCCCCCGAGGCGGAGGGGCAGCCGGCGGGGGGGCGCAUGCUGCUCAUGGGCUUCAACGGGCUGUUCGCGGCGGUGGAGCUGCGCGCGAAGGAGCUCGCCGACCACAUCGGGCUGCCCACGCCGCCAGCAUGGCGGAAGAUAGAUCACAUCAACGAUGCUAUGCAUAUGUCGGCGGCCCUGCAGAGCCCCGUGCUGCGCUCGGUGCUGGAGGACAUCUUCCUGGUGGUGCGCGUGCAGACGGUGGCGGAGGUGUUCGCGCUGUGCGCGGCCACGGCGCGCGCCGCCCGCGGCCGCGGGCCCGCGCUGCUGCACGACGACGCCGCGCUCUGCAGGCCCGUGCGGAGGUUCUCGGCGCAGUACGUGUCGCGCUGCGUGCUGGGCGUGCACUCGCGCGCGCUGGCCGGCGUGCUGUGCGCGCUGCUGCGGCGCGCCAACCUCGACCUCCACCACGAGGUCGAGCAGCGCGAGAUCGGAGCAUCAUGGAGCGUCUCCCUGGAGUCGCUGUGCGAGAAGGCGGCGGCGGCGAGCGGGCUGCCGGCGGCGCGGCUGGAGCGCGCGGGCGAGCUGGCGCGCGCGCUGCGGGCGGCGCGGGCGCGGGCGGAGCGGGCGGCGGCGCGGGCCCGCGAGCAGGCGCGCGCGGCGGCGGCGGCGCACGCGGCGCGGCUGCGGCUGCUGGCGCACGCGCAGCUGCACGCGGAGGUGGUGUGCGCGGGCGCGGCGGAGCCCCGCGCGCUGCUGGCGCGGCGCGGCGCGGAGCUGGCGGGCGCGGCGCGGCGCCUGGCCGCCGCCGGCAGCGCCGCGCACGCGCUCGUCAGCGCCGCGCAGCAGAGGGUGAAGUGGGGCGCGGGCGCGAACCCGGCGCUGGCGGCGCUGGGCCGCGCGCUGGAGGCGGCGUGGGCGGCGCGGCGUGCGCGCGCGCAGGCGCUGGCGCGCGGCGCCGCGCUGGCCGAGCACGCGCGCCGCGCCGCCGCGCUGGGCCCCGCGCGCGCCGCCCGCCGCGCCGCGCUCACGGCGCGCACGGCGCUCGCGCACUGGGAGAAGGCUUGCACAUUGUCCCAGAAGUACUCGCUGGACGUGUCCCCGGUGGAGGAAGCGCUCAUGGAGAUGCUGCAUCCAGAAGGCGGCAUCGACCAGCAGUGGGUGGAGAACGUGUCGGGCCUGCUGCGCGAGAUGACGUCGUCGCUGACCCACGAGGUGGCGGCUCUGUCUGAGCGGCUGGAGGGCGCGACGUGCGCGCUGGAGAGCUCGCUGCAGCGCCUGAGCGCGCUCGACGAGCGGCGCGGCGAGCUGCUGGCCGACUGCCGCGCGCCGCUCGCCGUGCUGCAGAACGUCAACGAGGGCAACAACCCCGCGGCGCAGCUGGUGGCGCUGCUGUCGGCGGUGUCGGCGCAGCUGGCGGCGCUGGCGGCCAGCGCGCCGAGCGCGCCGCCCGCGCUGCGCGCCGCCCGCCAGCUGGUGCGCGAUCUGCCCGCCGCGCAUCAGAUGCUGCUGGAACUGCCGGCCACGUGGGCAUCGGAAUCUGCUGGCAGACGACUCACGAGACAGAACGCUGUCGCCAAACAUGGCGCGUCCCCGGGCGCGGGCGAGUCGCGCAGCGCGCAGGGCGCGGGCGUGUGGCGGCGCGUGCGCCUCAAGCUGGAGGGCCGCGACCCCGAGCCCGCGCGCCGCGCCUCCGUCGCCGAACAGGUGGAAUAUAUGAUAUCAGAAGCAGUUCGCAUGGAGAACUUGUGCUUGAUGUACGAGGGCUGGAUGUCGUGGGUUUGAGCGCGAGGAGCUGGCGCGAGCCCGCGGAUCUCCUCACAGCGACGUCACUCACGAGGCGUCACCCACGGGACGUCACACGGCGGACGUCAUCACAAGGCGUCACACAGAAGACGUCGCCCGACGAAACAAACGCCUCGCGAAGCGCCGACCCGCUUCGCAGAAGCAGACGAUAAGAACGACGGCUGAAAAGCCUUAUUUUUAUUAUUAUUUUCGUUUUAUGUUACGGUCGUAGAGUUCGGCUCGGCCUGUUGUCUUCGUUUAACAACUUCAAAAUCCUUGAUCUGUGAAGUCAUAAUGAAGUCGUUCGCCUUAAAUCAUGAUGAUACAAACUUAUUUGAAAAGUAAUAUACUUUUACCAACCAUCAGUAACAAAAGACGACAGGCCUGGGGCAAUCAUUAGUGUAAUGUUCAUUUCAGCGUAGGAGUUGUGUCCGUAGAGACGGCUAAGAUGCCUGACGACGACGAAUUCUAAUUCAUUCCCUGCUAUGACUAGUUCUUAUAUAAACGGUAACUGUCUUAUUCGUUUUGGCUCUAAAGUAAGUUUCAUUUUAUUGUAUCCAAAAUCCUUUUUGUUCCAAAUUUUUCUGCAACAGUAGCAUUUUGAACCAAUAAAUAUGAGUAAGAUCUAAGGAUGGGAGCAUGUUAACGCGACUUUUACUUCGGUAUUUACGCCGGAGCUGGAAUAUGUACGGUGUAGUGUUUCGCAAAUUUUUUGAAUUAAUGUAUUUUAUUAUAAGCUUAUAUUAGUUUGGACUCGUCUCGCGCAGACCGUUUAUAAAAAAAUAAUCAAUAAAAAGUGUAUUUAAGAUGCUGACCCAAUUGAAUUGCGAUAAGUCAGAAAAAUAUGCUUAAUAAUAUCACUGAUCACUUUAGCAAGUUAACUCACAUCGCAAUCUUUGAUUCAAAUGUUAAAUGAGAUACAGUUACAACUUAAUUAUUUGAGAUUUAGAAUUAAUUUAUAAUAGCUAUAGAUGUGGUGCUUACAUAUUGCACUUUAAUAUGUACUGUACUGUAAAUGUCUUACUAAUGUUUGUUUUUUACCGUAUAUUUGAAAAAUUGUCUUGCCGUGAGGAAACUUGCUACCCUUUUAACUGAACUUUUAAUGAGCUGUAGUGUUCAAGCACGAAUUAAUAAAAAUAUAUUCGAUAUGUAAAGUAAAUUAAGUCACUUAGUGGGAUUUUCUGCAUGCAUAUUUUAAUAUCAUAUCAGUUUAUAAAAAUAUUUACAGUAUCAGUUACUUAUAGUAGUACACUUCUUUUUACUUUCAAAAAUAUCAAUUAUUCAUAGGUUAUUUUCUACUAUAUUUUUUAGGUUAGCUACAUCAUUGAACCGUAGAGAGCAUAACUUCAAGCGUAAAUGUUUAAAUUUUGUUUUAACCGCCACAUCUUUUCAAUUAUUAUAUUAGAGUCACAAGACUUUCAAAUUACUUAAUUAAAAUACCCACGUACAAAAUCCCACUGUGUGCGCUAUAGGACACGGAGGCGAGUCCACAUCCAUCGCUGUAGCCGCAUAUACGCAAGUGUGAACGGCGCGUGAGUGGCUAGGUAAUAUUAACCUUAGGUUAUACGGUAUAGAGCUCAUUUCUCAAUGAUUUUUAUUGGAGUUAAUACGUUAAUUUAUAUGAUCUGGUAACAAUGAAAAAUUCUAAAAUCCAUCAGGAAUUUGACAAAUUGGCCCUUGCCAUUAGUAGGUAUGCGUGUUUUAGGGCGCUUUAGAUAAUUCUAAGUCGGAUUUCACCAAAAUGGCGGCCGUGCCGUAAAAGCAAUUCUGUUGCUCUCUGAAGUACGGACGUUUCCGACGAGCCCGCGUGUGUUUGUAUCGCUUUUGUCAUUUUAAUAUUAAUAAAUGGUGUACGUCAA